AUGGAUGGUAGAGAAACAGGAGAGCUAAAGACGACCAUCGAUCAAAUUAGCAUGGCGAAUUCCACUGUUUUUUCGGAUGAGAUUAUUCCAGGCAGCAGCUUUGCUUCUUUUGCAUCAUCAGGCGGCAGCAUAUUUGACAUGUCUGAUAAUAAUCAGAGAGGCUCUGGGUUCAUGGACUUGCUUGGAUUUCAAGACUUCAACAUGCCCCCUUCUUUAUUCGAUUUCUCCUCUUCCCAAACGACGUCGUCCUCCUCCUCGAUGAUGAUGGUGAUGACGCCACCUCACCACCAACAGCAACAACAACCACCACUUGCCUCUCCGGCCACCACCCCUACUGCAGUUGCUCUGCCGGAGAGGGAGAGUACGACGUCGGAAGUGCUGAACGGUAGUACGGCUCCAACGACCCCCAACUCCUCUUCAAUCUCUUCGUCGUCCAAUGAAGCUGCUGCCAAUAAGAAUGAGGACCAGACGACGACCAAGGCUCAGGAUGAGGAAGCUGAUGAGCAGAACCAAGAUCCCGAAAAAACCCAGAAACAAUUGAAGCCCAAAAAGAAGAACCAAAAAAGGCAAAGAGAGCCGAGAUUUGCGUUCAUGACCAAGAGUGAGGUUGAUAACCUAGAUGAUGGCUACCGAUGGCGUAAGUACGGCCAAAAAGCUGUCAAAAACAGCCCUUAUCCCAGGAGCUAUUAUCGUUGCACCACUGCGGCCUGUGGUGUGAAGAAGAGGGUGGAGAGGUCCUCCGACGACCCUUCCACUGUGGUCACAACAUACGAAGGCCAGCACACCCAUCCAAGCCCCAUUACGCCACGUGGCACCAUGGGGAUUGCACCGUUGCCUGACCAGCCUUGUGCCUUCUCCUCAUCUCCUUUUGGUGUUCAACAGUUAUUACCUCAUCAUCACUAUCAACAACAACAACUGCAGCAGCAGCCGCAGUAUUCGUAUAUUUAUAGCUCAGCCCCUUCUUUGAAUAUUAGCUCACCUGCUUAUGGGGGUGGUGCUUUUAACCCCUCCUCAUUUUCUACGGGUUUACUUCAAGAGAGAUAUAAUUUUGGAUCACCUUCUUCUUCUUCCUCUGCGGCUUCUAAUUUGCUUAGAGACCAUGGACUUCUUCAGGACAUCGUGCCACAGAUUCGAAAGGAGGCCAAAGAAGAAGAUCAUCUUCAUCAAUAG